AUGUAUUCGUAUUCCGUACUCGCUCUGUUUCUAAUUUCAGUACAGAUUUUUCCAGCGGUAACUUUUCAUUUUAACAAUGACGACUUGUCAAAAGCGUUAAAUGAAAAAGAUAUUCGUCAUCCGCGUUAUGGUCGCGUUGAUAAUCCGAAUAUACUUGCCGAAUAUGAUUGUGCUCUUCGUGAUUUUACCAUUGAAAUGGUAAACUACAUUGCACCAACAUCUUUCAAAGCCAACUGGACAACUCUCGCACAAAGCGCUCUGCAAAUCAAUCAAUGUCACAACACAUCACACUCUUUUCAUUCACCACUACUACUACCAACAUCUGCAUCAACGAACGCCAACAAACUCAAAACAUCCUGUCAUCACUCCAUCUUUGUUCACCAUUCACAAGGAAACGACGCAUUUCAUGGAUCCUUUCAGCAACCCAUGAAAACCAUUCAAGCUGCGCUUCAUCGAGCUCGUCUUCAUCGUCAAAACACUCAAACAACACUCUGCAUCAUCAUCCGAGCUGGCACUUACUAUCUCGGUACCAACGCCUCUGCAUCAACAACUUCCAGCCAACGAGGUGUCAUUGCACUGACGAGCAAUGACAGUAACAUCGUCAUUGAAAACUAUGAAGAUGAACGCGUUGUUCUGAGUGGUGGCACACUACUCGAUCUCAAAUGGUCAGUUCAUUCGAAGACAUCGACAGGUGCAAGCAUCAUGAAAGCACAGAUUCCAUCGU